GGCGGGAGCGCGGCGGCGGCGGCGACGCUGCUGCGGGGCCCGGUGCGGAGCAUGUGCGCCCAGGCGGAGGACUGGCGCUCGGCCAGGGCCAUCUACGACUUCCACGCCCUCGACAUCGAUGGCAACGACGUGUCCCUGGAGAAGUACCGGGGCUGCGUCUGCAUCAUCACCAACGUCGCCUCCAAAUGAGGGAAGACCGCCGUAAACUACACUCAGCUUGUUGACCUGCACGCCCGAUACGCUGAGAGGGGUUUACGCAUCCUGGGCUUUCCCUGCAACCAGUUCGGGAAGCAGGAGCCCGGGGACAACGCUCAGAUCAAGGCAUUUGCUGAGAACUACGGGGUGAAGUUCGACAUGUACAGCAAGAUCGAUGUGAACGGGGACGAUGCCCACCCGCUCUGGAAGUGGAUGAAGGAGCAGCCCAAAGGGAGAGGAACCCUGGGCAAUGCAAUAAAAUGGAACUUCACCAAGUUCCUCAUUAACCGGGAGGGCCAAGUGGUGAAGAGGUACAGCCCGAUGGAGGAUCCCUACGUGAUCGAGAAGGACCUUCCUGCCUACCUGUAGCUCUGCUCCGCUGUCCCCCCGCCCGCCCCGGCCCCGCUGCCCCCGGAGCCUCCUCCAGCCCCAUGACGGGCUGCCCCCAAGCCAGGUCCUGGUGGGGCAGCCCCGACCCCGGCGUGCACCGCUGGACAGAGGCCCCGGGGCCGCGGCCGCCCCGGGCAGGAGCAGCCGGAGCCCCCCCAGUAACUGGAGUUCCCUCGCAAUAAAGACCUUAGGAAUGA